CUGUCCGUUUAAGAGGUCACGUGCCACCAAGUCACAUGAUCUAGUUUGCGUUAUUGAGCAGCAUCGCUUGCUUCUUUAUUAAAGUCUAUCUGGCCAGUUGUUCGCGUCGUUCAGUCUUGCUCCUUUUUUAUUUACAUUUUUUGCUGUCGUGACUCCGAUGGAGCGCCUUUGACUCGCCGCUUUGAUCAACAACAAUCCAGUAAGAAAGUUAACCUUUUUGUUAGUUAGCUCGGCGUUAGCCACCUCCCAUGUUAGGCUAGCGAUAGCUUCAUUGGGAUAGCUGAAGGCAUAACAAGGCAAGGUGUAAUAAAGGAAAAUCAUUUAAACGAGCUUUUAGAGGAGCAUACAUGCGCGUGGGGAACUGACGUCAUCGACCUACCCCCUGCGAUGGCUUUGCGUGCGUGUUGGGGCGCGUUGUUGAGUUUGGCGUGCGUGUGCACGGCGCUGGUUUGUCCCGACGGCAGCUCCUGCCCGGACGGAAGCACGUGCUGUAAAGACGCGCUGGGACGCUACGGCUGCUGCCCGCUGCUUCGAGCCGUUUGCUGCUCGGACGGCCUCCAUUGUUGUCCGGAAGCGACCGUGUGCGACCUGGAGCAUGCCACGUGUACCAAUAAGAUGGUGACCCUUCCCUGGAAGAGGUCACUUCCCGCUACGCAGGUGAACGACGGCGCGUCGGCCGUCAUGUGCCCGGAUCGGCAGUCCGAGUGCCCGGACGCCGCCACGUGUUGCGAGCUUCCCAACGGCUCCUGGGGGUGCUGCCCGCUAACCAAGGCGGUGUGUUGCGACGACAAGCUCCACUGUUGCCCCGAGGGAAGCGUCUGCGAUCUGGUCCAGUCCAGAUGCGUGUCGCCGGGUGGAGAGCGGCGACCUUUACUGGACAAAUUUCCCGCCGGGACCCGUCCGAACGCUCCGGCGGGUAGGGGGCGCGACGAACUCCGGAACAUCUCGGCACUCGACCGACGGGACGUAGCGGUUCGCGCCGAGCCCGCCGACCUGGAGUGUCCCGACAAGAGGUCGACGUGUCCCGACGAGACCACGUGCUGCCAGAUGAGUUCGGGCGAGUACGGCUGCUGCCCCAUGCCCGACGCCACAUGCUGUUCGGACAAACUCCACUGUUGCCCUCACGGCACCGUUUGCAAUUUAACCGCCGGCACGUGUGACGAACCCAGAAGUGGCGGCGGCGGCGGCGUCUCCCGGGAGCCGGAGACCCCGUCCCUCCCCCGGCCGGCCAAAGCGGCGGGCGCCAAUGCUUGCGAUGAGCGGACCCGCUGCCCCGAAGGCGCCAGCUGCUGCUUCAUGAAGAGCGCCGGCGAGUGGGGUUGCUGCCCGCUGCCGCGGGCGGUGUGCUGCGAGGACGGUUCCCACUGCUGCCCCGCCGGGCACACGUGCCGGCCGCAUCGUUCGUCCUGCUCCCGAGGACUCGGCGAGGUCCCCUGGCUGGCCAAAAUUCCCGCCUUGGCCACCGCGGCGGACGUCAAGUGCGACGACAAGAGCAGCUGCGCGGCGGGCACCACCUGCUGCGAGCUGCCCACCGGAGAGUGGGGGUGCUGCCCGCUCGUCAAGGCCGUGUGCUGCGCCGACCGCGAGCACUGCUGCCCGCAGGGUUACUCGUGCAACAUGGCGACGGGAACGUGCGAGAAGACUACGCCGGAGGCGGCGCCCUGCGACGCCGAGGGCGCCUUCGCCUGCGCCGAGGGAGAGACGUGCUGUCGGAGCUCCGCCUCCCGGUGGGCCUGCUGCCCGUCCCCCCAGGCGGUUUGCUGCGCCGACAUGAAGCACUGUUGCCCCGCCCACUUUUCCUGCGAUCCGAACGGCGGCUGCGUCCGGACGCCGUCUAAAAUCGCCGACCCGGGUCUUCUUUAACGAGCGCCGGUUACGCCCCUGCCACAUCGCCACGAUUCCUGAAUGCAUUUGAUCACGUGACUGCUCAUCGACUGCUGCUUGUCACCUUAGCAACAACUGGAAGUGUUUUUAUGGGUUGAAUUUCAAUAAAAUCAAAUGUGUCUUUCAAGUUUGGUCCUUUGGAUUUUUUUGUUUAGGUUCUGCAAAGAGACAUUCUCAACAAAGCGCCGUUUUUGCUACGUUUGCUCCAAGAAAUUUUGUCAAGCCGAAAGCUCGAUGAAGGCUUUCUAGCGAGCUGGCAGGCCGGCCAGCUGGCCGGCCGCAGCUUACGUUAUCUACUACGUACAAGGCAUCCUGUACGCAGAAGUACUUCCUUCGCCGACAACCACAAAAGCACACCGUUUUAUGUACAAUAUGUACAACAUUUAUUAUAAUUAAUAUAUAAAAUAGAUGAUGUACUUCAAUUUUCACAAUAGAAAAAGUACAAUAAAUACAAAGACCAUUUUUGUUUUGCAAGUAUCACAAAACGUCCAGCACAAUUUGACAAGAGGUGAGACAUUGGAAAUAUAGAUAAAUGCUUUUUUUCCCUAGACCACACAUAUUCAUAUAGCUAAAUAUAAGCUUCGUAUAUUUGAACGCUUUUCCGACACAAGUCUAAUUGUUUCGACGUCCGCUCGUGAACUUAAAUGGAACUGAAAUGACAUGCACGUUUGGUUUUAAUAUUAGUAAUUCAUAUAGUACAACCUUUGAAAAUAAUUGGCACUUUAUUUCUACGUAAGUUGUUACGUCACUGUGUGGUCAUGUAAAAUGGUGCCGCUGUAUUUACUUUACGCAUUAAAAUGAGUACUGUACAUUCCUUUCAGGCCACGAGUACAAUUAUUGUCACAUUACAACUGCAGGGUAUUCCACCAGCCAACAGAGGACAGUGUCGACUCAUUAAACUAAGUAUUUACUAGGAAGAAAUAUUUUACAUGUUUCCCGCCCAAUCGAAGUGGUGCGCAUGUCUUUCUGUAAAUUUGUCAUCCUUUCUUUGUGCCGGCCAUGUUACGUGCUUGUGUUCUUGAAUGUACACCCAAGCUUCAGUGUGUCGAAUUAGUGUAAGCUACGCUAAGUGCUAGGCUGUGUUGUUACUUCUUUGUCACUAUGUUAAAAUUGUACAUCAACAUCGAGGAGUGUAUUGCUUCGGUAGCGGGUGGAGGUUCCCAAAAGUAUUUUCUUCCAAAAAGGGCUUGUAAUCAAUUUAGUUUCGAACCAAAAAGCUGAAAGUGGAGCCGUGCGAGAUCGGUGCUAAGCUACCCAGCUACUCGACACCGGGGCUUUUACGUCUGCUUUGGCAUCGGUGAACAUUUACCAUCGCGGGUAAAAGAUUCCUCCCGCAUUUUAAGUUCCGUCUGGGCCAGUCUUCAUUUUUUCACCAUUUUACCUCAACCCGAACUGUUAAUGGUUGAGCGAUCCCACCACAUUGCGACAUCAACAACGACUACUUAACGUAAAAGUUUUGACUCGUGUAUUAAACUGCAAAUUCAUUUCAAAGGUUGUAUAGGAGUGACUAACAUUAAAAUAAAACAUGUCAUUCCACACAGAGUUCCCUUUAAGACUUCUUCACCCGUUUUCCCAAGUGAAUUCACUUCUCACCUUCCUUUCCCAGUCUUACCACUUUCUAUUUCCAUUUUUCAUCCAUCUCCUGACAACUCAUUUUCUCUUCCUCUUUCCCUCUGCAAAGCCUUUCUCAUUUUCCACACUGAUAGACCCCUCCCAAAAAAAUGAUCGAAAUAUCCCUCCAAGAAUCCACAAUGGCAAGCCAGUACAAACAUGGCAAAAAAAAAUAAAGUACGUGUACGUGCACGAAUGAUCACACAGCAAUACGACCGUCUGCUUUGCGCGUACUUCUACAUAGCUAAUAAUUGAACAUUUGGUGAAGUAGGAAUCGUUGUCACACAAUACGAUUAGACGCAAAAAUACAGCCCCCUCCUCCCCGCGGACGAUGAAAGUACUGAAAACAUGGAUAACAUCACAGCACUCUGUUAGCUUGUCUCGUCAAAAUAUCUACUUUUAAAUACAAAUAAAAUAUAGAAUAUAUCUCUGAUAAAUGUCACUCAACAUUUGCGUCUCGACGCCACGUACAAACAUUACAAAUAAGAACACGUAAAGAGGAAUGUGUGCCGAGUGAGUCGAUCGUCGCGUUUUGAGGCGGGACGUUAAUGCUAGUCCCGUUUAGCGGAAUCGUUACUGCAGUAGGAACUGUUGAGAGAGAGAGAGAGAAAAAAAUCAACUAAGCUGUGUGCUAUUUUAACUGGGACGAAAAGUCUGAUGGACUGUCAACGGGUUUGCUUUCAUACCUCGUACCAGCACUGAAGGCACUGUGUUGGUGUACAAACUAGUGUUGCGCCGAUACCAGUUUGGGGAUACCGAUUUUUGAAAAAAACAGAUUUGUUUUUGGACUAUAAGCCAGUAAUUUACAUUCAAGUAGGAUUGUCAAAAGUGUCGAUACUGAAAUGUUGUAUCCGGAUACCAAGGGCGUAGGUUUGGUCUCAAUUUUGGUAGGGACAAUAUAACAGCAUAACCUGCAUGUUCACUUUUUGCUCGGGAUGGGACAUUAAUAAGAACAAACAGAUUGGGUGAACGGGGGUCAGUGCUACAUUUCUCGCCAAUAAGAACCUCAUUAAUUGAUAGGCUAAAUCAGGGAUGCUCAUUAUGUCGAUAACGAUCGACCAGUCAAUCGCAAUGCUUGUGUGGGUAGCUAGCGGCAUCCCAAAAGAAAAAAGAAAAAUUUUUUUUUUUUACAUGUACAAUAGAGGCGUGCGAAAUUUCCGAUUCUUAAGAUUAUUCGCGAUUCGGCCGUGGAAGAUUCGAGAACGAUUCACAAACAUCCAAAUUCCGAUGACUGAAAUAUGCCAAGUGAAGUGGAACUUAAACACAGUCAGCACAGUGUCCGGGACGCAACGAGGAACAUCAUCCUUGUCAUUACCGGGGUAAUGACAAUGCUCAACUUACGGCUCUGGCUCAACUCAUGCCGCUAGAUAGAAAAACAAUAAUACCUGAAUGCUGCCGACAGCCGCUACAAACUAUGCCCACAUAAUCCUACGUUAGAUAUCACAUGUAGAAAGAACUAGAUGCCAGAUAACGGACUCGGCGGCGUUCGCAGCACAUGUUUAGAAAACUAGAUGCGAAAUGACAGACUUGCCGGCGUUAGUAAACAGCCGCCAUCUUAAAGCAGUAGACUUCCCUGGAAGGCUGUUGUAGCGAACCUUCCAAGCGAACCUAAUGAACUUUUUAUCUAAAAUACUCCUAAAUUGGCAAAAUCUUGACUUGAAUCUAUCUUUAAAACAGUGAUAUAACUUUCACAUUUUGAAAGUAGACAGAAGGGAAACUAUGGAAUAACAGGAGGAAUUUGAACAACUUUAACAGUUGAUUCACAACAUUAAAUUCAUUGAAUGUAGUUUAAAGCUACUGAUACAGAUUGGGGACUUAAGUAUUUCAAUUAUUCUUUUGAACUGUUAACACGAUACUGAAAUUGUUGUUUAUUUAAGCCUCAGAGGAUUUUUGUACAAUUUUGGGAACUAAUUUGCAAAACAUUAAAAGCAGCUCAUAGUUUGGGGCGGGUGCACCAAUAAUGGUUUUAUAAUCGAAUCGUAACCUCGAAAUCGGAAUCGAGCCAGUAGGUGCCCAAAGAUUUCCACCUCUAAUGUACUGGUACAUAGUUAUGAUUGUUGUGUGUAUGUUGUUUUGUGUGAGCAACAUAUGAGGUUAUGCUGUACCCGUUUCUCUCCAAGCAGCUUCUCCCACACGUUUUUCUGGGUCUAUAGUUUCCAACAGAGUUCACUAGAUUUCUCACAGUUCCAUCAACGUUAACAGUAGAAAACAGAUGGACACUUCUCUCUGAGCAGCUUCCUACUCGAGUUGUGCAGGUUAGCAAGUUCACACAGUUUAAUGUUACGCUAACUGUGAUGCAAGUCUGACUUUCAGUAGUGUCGCCCACCUCCGCAACAUUGGCAUCUUUUUAAGUGACUUGCAGUGGCUGCUGCUGGACGAAAAAUGAACUUGUAAGAUCUCUCCUCUUCAAAUGGGUUGGAGGAGGCGGCGUGCUUUUUGACAUGCAUUUCUUUUGGGGCCGCGCGAGUGUCGGGUGUGGGUGAAGUCAUCGGCCAAUGAAACGUGUGUUUGAGGGGGAAAAUCGUUUGAACAUCGCCAUCGCAAUGUGCGGAUGCGCAAUAGUCGCAUCGCAGAAUGUGCAAUUGUUUUUUUUUAUUUUGUAAUAUGUUAACUUUUGUUAUAUUUCAUAAGAGCAGCAAGUGUGCAGAUUCUGGGUCCCUUUUAUAUACGGCAAGCCUGGAAAAAUGACCUGAUAUAAAUUGGGGAUUUCCCCGAUCUGAUCACGUGAUCGGAAAUCAGGGCAGUUGUGCCAUUUUUCAGAUGAUCGGAAUCAGGUUAAAAGGAUCGAGUUUGUCAUUUUUUAAAUAAACAGGUAGUCCCCGGUUUUCGACUUACUCGAUUUGAGAGAUUACGACUUUACGACGCCAGAGUCUCGCCCGCCAUUUUGUCUCAAGUUGUUUUUGUUUUUUUUUGGUUGCAUAAAUAAAUCCUUAUUGUACCUCACAGUAUCUUAUUUUUUCAUUUAGUUCAUUAAUAUGCUGUGUUCUGUCCUCAUUAAACGUGGAGUUCAGCUUUACAGACGGCAAAUAAGGCAAUUGUGCUUUAUGAAGCUUUUUACUUCCUCCACUUUUGACAAUUUGUAAAGCUAUAACACACAUAUGUACACUUAUGUUCGAAACAGCAUGCAUUUUAAAAAUAAAACACAAUUGGUGUUUACAUAUCCAUCUAGUCUUCUCAAUAUGGAAAUUUAGUAGAUUAAAAUAGCCUAACACGGCGAACUAAAGUCAUCGAGCAUCGAAAGCUAACGUAUUUACAAUUCUCGUAGCGAAUCGCUCACACGUAACCGCAGAAAUUGUAGCUGUAAACCUAGUUACAAAUGCAUACACCAACAUAUAUUAGCAGAAACAACUUACAGCCUUAUGUGGGCCACACCACGUGCGUCGUGACCCAGGGACCACCUUUUACAUGUUAAUUCUUUCCAAUCGUUACAGUAUUGUUCAGGCCUAUCCCAGGCAUGGCUAUUCCAGUUAUGUGGUGACAAAUUUUCUAGUUUUAAUAUCACAAUAUCACAAUGCAAGCCCCCCAAUAAUAGUUUUUUCCAUUAUCGUUCAGGCCUAGUAGACAAUUUAAUUGACCAAUAUAACUGAACUUAUUAUAUAUCAUGCAUAAAAGGUUGCUUAAAAGUUGGUGGGGACAAUUGCUGAGAAGUUGCUAGUGUGAUGUCCCUACUGUCUCUAUGCAAACUUACGCCCUUGCCGGAUACGAUAUCAGAUUGCAAAAGUAUCGGCACUCAGUUAUUCGUUUCCGCAUGACCACAGAUCACCUGAAAUUUGUCAUUGUGGGUUUGAUUUGAUUUUGCGCUACUUUUAGUCAUGAAGGAUAUUUUGACAUUUCCCUUGUCAACUCAAAGUCCGCAAGUGACGGCACGGGAUGUCCAAUCCAUUUGAUGUGGGAGGGGAUGGUUCGUUCGCUGCCGCCCUCCUACUUCAAACGGAUUGGACGUCUACUUGUGGAAAAACUCAUUGGUGGGUGUGUGCAUUUUGGCUAAAGAGCAAAUUGGAUGUUUUUAACUCGUGCCUGGUCCGUUUGAAGUAGUGGCGAAUGAAAACUCCACGUCGUUUUAGUGUAUCGGUGCAACACUAGUACGAACCCUGAA